AGAAUAUCUUAUAGAAGACAUUCGUAACAAAAAAUAAAAAUGACAAUAAAACAAUGUAUAAUAAAGAAAGCAUUACUGUUAUGAAAUCUUCGAAUCUCAACUCGUUACUUCAUCUUCAAGUAACUGACAGAGCAUGACCGAUUUGUAAUUUAGAAAAAGCAAGCUUGGUAAUGCGUGAUGUUGCCAGUUAGCUUUGGCCUAAAUUCGUCUUUCUAAUGUGAAUUGUAAUGGGUGUUCAAGGUUUGCUACCGAUGCUUCGGAGAGUUGCUCCUGAAAGUAUUCAAUCAAUUGCAGCAAGCUCAUUUUCCAGCUUAUUUCCAGUGGUCGCCAUAGAUGGAACAUUACUGCUUAUACGGAACUUUCGCUCUCAGUACACCGCUUUAAACUAUAGCUUUAAUCAUUUCAAAUGGGCGUUCAAGCUUGCUAGGUAUUGUCGCAGACAAAAAAUAAUGCCAAUCGUUGUUUUUGAUAAUCCAAUUCCAAACGAACACAAAGCAGAAGAACAUGAAAAAAGAAAAUUAUUAAAAGAAAAUGUUAUAAGGGACCGUAAUGAUAUAUCCAAACGUGUAUCUCUUCAGAAGACUUUUGAAUCGGUUUUGCUAAGCGAGACAAAACAAUUUAAUGUUCCUGAUUUUGAUCUUGAUGAAGUUCUUUAUUCACUCGAAAAUUUGCUUGAAGAUGUUGAUUUGGAAAAUACAAAACUUCCCACACCUGUUAACCCAGAGGAUUUAGAAUCCGCAUCAAAAUCACCGGACGUUCGAGUCCCUUCACCAAAUUCCAUAGACAAGAAACUGAAACAGAAAAAGUUAGAAAAAGUUGAGGAACUCUAUAAUCAGUUGAUAGGUUUACUGAGUGAUUUGGGCUCUUUUUCUGAUGUAAACGAGUACCUUAAAACACUAAAGCCACGCUCUGAUUUCCGAGACCUAAAAUUAUGUGUUCUUUAUCUACUUGGAAAGCUUGACUUGGAGACCUUACGAAGUUGUAGACUAAAAGUACAGGAGGAACUGAUAAAAUAUGAGCGUCGUCUUUACUCACCAACCAAACAGCAUUUUGAGGAGUUGAUUGAAUUGCUAAAAAUUUUGAAUAUUCCUGUGACUUAUGCCCCCAUUGCAGUUGAAGCUGAAGCGUUUGCGUCUGCCAUAUAUAAGAAGAAUUUGGCAACCGUUGUUGCUACUCAGGAUACGGAUACAUUGGCAUUAGGUGCUCCCAUGGUAUCAGAUUUUUUAGAUAAUUCACAGUUGUUUUACCAUUUUCUUACCUAUGUAAAUCCAAUGCGGAUUUGCGAUAGCCUAAACAUUUCUUAUAGACAAUUCCAGAUAUACUGUCUUAUGUGUGGAACUGAUUUUUCUACUCGAAUUCCUAAAAUAGGACCAGUACGUGCUUUAGAGCUUAUUCAAGAGCAUAGAGAUGUUUCUUCUAUUUUAAGUCAUUUAUCGCUUUCAAAUAAGUUCAAUGUACCAGAGGAUUAUGAGAAACAAAUGAAGAUUGCUCUUGAACGGUUUACUGAAUUACCAAAUAAAAAUGAGUUUUUUCAAUUCAUAACCGCAAGCCAGAAAAGUUUUUUGCAAAUGUCCGACACUUACUACUUGGAUCUUGAAAGGCAGGCAUUGAAGGUCUUUAACUUGCAGCCUGAUUUUGUUGAGCAUAACGUCCUUGAGUACUACCACUAUUAAUAUAUUUAUUUUAGAGAAAUCUAUAAUGAUAGGGAUGAAUUUUCUCUACCACUUUUUAGUCAUAACAGAAGAGAAAAAUGGGAACAUUUAUUCUAUUCGUAAGAAACCUAAAGACCGAACAAAAACUCAAUACCAUCCUGAAAUUAAAAUAACUAAUUAUUAAC